ACGUCACCGGCAACAUGGCGGCGCCCAGGGCGUUCCUGCGCCUGGGUGCCCGUGAAUGGAAUGGGAGAGCCAGGGGCAUCCAUAGUGCAAGCAAAUCGGGGACCCCAGACAGCAAUCAGAAGGAAAGAACGCUGUUCCAGUUCCUGUCUGAUCACUUCCAUGACGUCCAGGCUCUGAGAGAGUACCUGCUCCGGAAGAAGGUUUCUAGAGUGACCUGGAACAAUCGGUCUUUCCCUAACAUCCAGGAGAAAUACGGCCCGUAUGUCACAGGUGCCCUCUUCAUCCUGAAGCAAGGAGGCGCAGUGAAGUUUCAAGACAAGGAGUGGAUCCGUCCAAAUGAGCGUGGCAACUUCCCUAUCGAGUUCCUGAAGCUGCAGGAGGUGCCUGUGGAGGCUGUGGAUGCCAGUGGCUGUGCCAUCAACUACCAGGGCAUGAGUAACCUCCUGCCCCUGCAGAAACUGCGGUCCCUGUCCCUGCAGCGCUGCCCCAAUGUGGAUGACUGGUGCCUCAGCCGCCUCUACCUGCUGGCUGACUCACUGCAGGAGCUCUCGCUAGCUGGGUGUCCCCACGUCUCAGAACGGGGCCUGGCCUGCCUCCACCACCUCCAGAACCUCCGCAGGCUGGACAUCUCAGACCUCCCUGCCGUGUCCCACCCAGCCCUAACUCAGAUCCUGGUAGAAGAGAUGUUGCCCCAUUGUGAGGUCCUUGGCACUAACUGGGCCCAGGGCCUGAAGCUGGAGCCAGACCGGCAGCCUGGGGACACACCUAGCCCCGUCUCUCCCUAGCCUGUGGCCCCAGUCUUGCAGGACCUUGCGGGGCUCUGUAGAGUGUGAUGUCUCCUCACCCUGGCUCCCAAUGGGGUUCAUUCAACACAAAGGAUUGCUGUGAAAUAAGAACGCCGAGUCAGGGGACUGACUGGUGUUUGCCUGCAGCUGGCCAACAGCCAUGCUGUGGCAGACAGUCCUCCAUGCCCAGCUGUUCCCAGCUCCUGUUUCUCCUUAUCCUGUUCAUCAAGAACAUCCACUCCCCUAACUGUCACAUACAUGUCAGCAGGGACUGGGCCUGACAGGAGAUGGUGCUGGCCCUUUACAGUGCCGGUUCCUCCUGGUGCAGGGCUGCUCAGCGCCACAGUUGGCCAGCAUCCUUGCCCACACUCAUUAAAGGCUGGCAGCACCCCAAGCCCCGUGGCGACGCCUAUUGAUGAACUGACUUACCUUCAAGUGUAGUGUCCUGCUCUGUGAAAAUGAUGAAUGGUUGGGGAAAUGUUCUCUUAGCCGCACAACAGACUUCGUCAGCAGAGGGCACUGGAGAGACCCCAAGGGGAAGGCCAGGGUUACCAGUGACUCUUAUGGCUCCAAUGCGCCAUGCAAGUGUAUGAUUCUUUAUAUUAAACUUUCCCUGUUU